AUGCACGCACGACUCGUCGCAGCGCUCAGCGUGCUCUCUGUCGUGCUAGCUCAGGCCGUACCUGCUGGCACGCCUGCAUGCGUCACUCUCUGCAUCACCGCCAAAUUUCGAGAGCAUGCGUCUCUAGCACCAACCUGUGCGACCCUUGACGUCGCCUGCUACUGCUCUACCGGCACCUUCACGAGAGCUUAUGCGACAUGCCUCAUGCAGCAAUGCACGACAAUUGCCGACGCUUCCGCUGGAAGCUCUUUGAUUGCGUCCAUCUGCGCGGCGCCCGCUGCUGCUUCCUCAUCCGCUACGGCAGCAGGUAACUCUACAGCUAGCGCAACUGGCUCAGCAAAUGCCACUGCGGUCGGCGGUGGCGCAGCCGGAGCGACAGGAUCGGGCGCAGGUAACAAUUCGAGCGCUACUGCCACCAGCGGUGCUGCAAGCUCCUCAAGCGCCGGCGCAGGUGUAGCAGGCGGUGCUGGCGGAGCAGGUGCAAGCGCGGCUAAUUCGAGUGUACCUGGCGCAGUACCAACCACUUCGGGCGCUAGCCCACCGACAAACAUCUCCGCGACCGUCACUCUCAACGGACAGACUGUCAUCCUUCCAGGCACACAAGUUCUCAUUGGCGGACAGACCACUGUCGUACCCAUCUUCAGCUCCGGCAGCGUCACGACACCGGGCGCAGUUGGCUUUGCUUCGCCCAGUCAGUACAUUGUUCCAGGUGCACUUGUUACCGCUGGCUCUACCUAUCUUGCGCCCGGCCUCGUGACAUUCUUUGUCAGUGCCUCGGCGCCGACUGUCGUGCCAGGCUAUCUCGGUGCAGGCGCUGUCGCUUACAGCGCGGCCGUGGUGACUGCCAUUGGGUCGAUGCCGACCACAGUACAGGCCGUCGAUGUGACUGCUUCAUCGGGCGAGACACUCUUGCCGGGCUAUCAGUCCAGCGGGGGUGCUAGUCUGAUUCCUGGGGCACUUGAGACCUCUCCUUCGACCGCCUUUGGCCCCGGCGUGGCGGGCUAUGCUGCGGGCAGCCUGACCGUCGUUCCGGCUGUACAAUCGGGAUCAACCUUUGUGCCUGGCUACACGACGCUCGCCAACGGUACUCCGACGACGAUCUUCAGUACACCGGCCGGCUUCACGCCGCUCGAUGCUGUCGCCGCUGCUUCUGGCUCUCCUGCCAACGGAACCAUGUCAUCCUCCGGUAACGCUACGAUGUCGUCCUCAGGAAGCGCUGCCAUGUCGUCUGCGACCUCCAGUGGAGCAGCGGGCGGAGGUGUUGUGCCCGUAGGAGGCGCAGGCGGGAGUGGUGCAACCAACACAGCUUCGAUGAUGACUGGCACGGCCGCGAUGAGCUCGUCAGCUAGCAGCAACGCCAACACAAUGACGUCUGCGCCAGCCAGCGCUACAUCUGGCGCAAGCUCGAGUGGAUCCGGCGCCAUUGCGGCUGGCGAGGCGGCUGCAUCUUCCAUCAUCGCUAAAGCGCAAGGAUCGGGAGCGACUCAGCUCUCGGCCAUCUCUGCCGGGUUAGCGCUUAUCGCGGGCCUCUUUGUCUGCGUGCUUUGA